AUGAGUAUGUAUAUUUGGUCUCAUAUAAGUCAUGUUAGAGUGUCAGCCAACAAUUACGCUGGUCAACAGCCUAGUGUUACUCCUGGAUAUCCUAAUUAUGCCUCAUCAGGAACUGUACCUCAACAACCUGCUGCUGCCACUUCAUCAGUAGCAUCAGUGCCAGCUCCUGCAACAGCUCCUGUGAACCAGGGAGUGCCAUCGGUACCAGCAGUUCCACAACAGGCCACAGAGACAGCUUCUGCUGUGCCAGCAGUUCCAGCUGUCUCAACCCAGACUCCAGCUGCCAGUAACUCUGUUCCUGCCGCUGCAACAGCUCCUUCUGUGUCUAGCAAUAACGGUGGUGAUGCUAGUGUGCAAGGAACCCACGCAGGACGUGGCGAUUCUGGUGCCAGCAGCCGACCCAAACACAAUAACCGUAACGGACAGGGUCAGAAACCCAAGGUGGUGUUGCCAGAAUUCAACUUUGACGCGUCCAACGCCAAGUUCUCGAAAGAAGACAUCACCAAAGAAGAGUCUGUGAUUCCCAAGGCCCCAGCAGAGGGAUUCUACGACAAAAAGAGCUCCUUUUUUGACAAUAUUUCGUCAACUACCAAAGAGCAAAUCGAGGGCAGUUCGGACAACAAAACUGCUUACCAGAGAAGGGGCGAGGAACGCCAGCUCAACAUGGAAACCUUUGGCCAAGCCGAGUCGAACCACGGAAACUGGCGUGGUGGACGAGGCGGCAGAGGCCGUGGUAGAGGUGGUCACAGAGGCAGAGGAAACGGGAACUGGAGAGGCGGUCGCGGUGGUUUCAACAACAACAACAAUAAUAGCAACAACUUUAGCUAA